AUUUUAUUUUCGACACAUUUCAAUUUUACAGAUUUAUUGGUACCAAGCCUAUUUUCUUGAUUUUUGGAUCCAGCAGUAUAAUUUUGAAGAAUUCGUCGGUUCCACUAUUUAGAUUGGCCAGUGACUGAUAAAAAGCAAGAUUGGCUUGUAUUAAAGUGAAGUCCAGUUUGGUGUCACUAUGGGACUGUUUGAUAUUUUUAAAUCGUUGUUUGGGAGCAGUAAGAAGAAGGCUCAUGUUCUCUGUGUAGGACUUGACAACAGUGGAAAGAGUACAAUUAUCAACCAACUCAAGUCUCCUGAGACCAAAACGGAAGAUGUAGUACCUACAGUUGGUUUCACGGUUGAGAAGUUUACUUCGCCUAGUGUACAUUUUACAGUCUUUGAUAUGUCUGGUCAGGGAAGAUAUAGAGAUCUAUGGGCACAUUAUUAUAAAGAUGCUCAAGGCAUUAUAUUUGUUAUUGACAGCAGUGAUAAGCUGAGAGUGGUGGUGGCUAAAUCAGAGCUGGAAGAGCUAUUAAACCAUCCAGACAUCAAGUCUAGAUCAAUACCCAUCCUGUUCUUUGCCAAUAAAAUGGAUUUACGAGAUUCCCUGUCAUCUGUUCAGUGUUGUAAACUGCUGGAAAUGGAAUCAAAGAAUGCCAAUUGUCCGUGGCAUAUAUGCGCUAGCAAUGCACUGACUGGAGAGGGAUUACAUGAAGGUAUUGAAUGGCUAACAGAUCAAUUGAAGAAUUCAAACCGAUAACUGUAGGAAGUACUGCAAUGGACACUAGAACACCUUGUGUAGUGGAUAGCUGUUGUAAGAAUAGAGACUCUUGGAGAUCUUUGUUGGAGGUCAUCCUAACAGAUUUGUUUAUGUCAGCAGACUGGAGAUGGUUGUAUGGAAUUUUCUAGAUCAUGGCAAAGUAACAAGCAGUUCAGAGCAGUUUGUAUUCAUCUUGUCAUAAAAACGACCGGUAAUAGCCACUGAUAAAUUUAAAUCAUGGAGAAUUCUAUUUGUGCACCUACAUGUAGAUCUCACAAUGUAGCAGAUGUGCAUCAUGAAUAACUUGUGAUUCCUGUUUGUGAAAAUGAAUAUCUCCCACUGGAUGACAAGGAUUGCACUAUGAGUGAACAAUGGACUACUCUUGCACAGCAUACCAAUGUCUGCAUGCACAUUUCAGCUAUGAGAACCUAGAGAUGAGCUAUAAUGAUUUCAUGCUUUUUAUACUCAAUGAAUUUUU